AUCAAAGGCAGAACUCAUUGCUCCCACUGCUCAAAACCCUUCAGUGGCUGCCUAUUUCUCUCCAAGUAAAAGCCACAGCCUUUACAAUGGUCUGCAAAGUCCUACAUGCUCUGCCUGUCCCCCUUUAUCUCUCUAAUGUCAUUUCCUACCUACCUCUCCUUCACUCACACACUUGCCUCCCUGCUGUUCCCUUGAACGUGUGCCUCUCAUGUCCACCUUAAGGCCUUUUGCACUUGACGUCUGGAGUGCUCUCCUCCUAGAUAUCUGCAUAGCUGAUUCCCACCUUCUUCAAGUAUUUGCUCAAAUAUUACCUUCUCAGUUAUGCCUCCCCGACUUCCAUAUUUAAAAUUGCAACGCUCCCCCCAUUUCCUUGGCACUUCCAGUUCCCCUUAUCCUGCUCUAUAUUUCUUUCCCAUAGCACUUAUUAUCUUUUUACAAAUUAUUUAGUGUACUCUUUAUUGUCUGUCUGCCCCCACUAGAAAGUAACCUCCAUAAGGACUCAAAUUUUUGUCACUUUUGCUCCUUGGUGUCUCUCAAAUGCUUAAAGGAGUGUCUGACAGUAGGCAUUCCACAAAUACUUGUUAAGUGAUAGGAUGAACAUGAGUGAAAAAAGCAAGAUGCAGAAGAAUACGUACUGCAUGAUACUUUAUAAAGUUCCAAAACAAGAAAAUGUUUAAAAAUAAUGUCCAGGGAAUUGUACACACACACAGUAUUUUAAUUCGCAUUAGUAAGGGGAUGGUAACAUUUUGGAUAAUGGUUAUCUCUUAGGGUAAGGAUGAGAGAGAAGGCACUUCAAUAGUAUUGAUCAUGUUCUAUUUCUUAAGUUGAGGAGCUGGUUCACAGGUCUCCAUCUUAUCAUGCUUCCUAACUUACACAUGGGUAAUAUAUAUUCUGCAGUCUGUAUCAAAUAUUUCACAGUUACAAAAUGUUUAAAAAAAAAAAAAGACUAAACUAGCUAUAGGAGGAAUUGAGGAAUGGUGUUCUGAACAAAGGAACACCUUGUACAAAGGCCCUGAGGUGGGGACAGUUGUUGUGUUGGAGGACUCGAUAGGAGGCCAGCGUGCCUGGAGCACUGUAAGCAAGGGAGACAGGGCAUGAGAUGAAUAGGAGAGAGAUGCAGGAACCGGAUCUUGAAUGCCCAAAUGGCAAGGAGUUUGGAUCUUAUUCGAAGUGCACUGGGAAGCCAGGAUUUUAAGCAGGUGUAUAAGGUAGACCUGUCACCAGAUCCCAAGGAGGUAGCAGCCAUGGAGGCUAGAAGAAAUCAAGAAAAGGAGCGACAGAGCCAAAUCUUCAAUGUGCGGACCAGACUCAUGGGGAUGGAUGUUGAAGCCCUGAACAGCCAGGUAGAAAAGCAAAAGCUUCGAGAAGCAACAGAGCGGAGGAAGGAGGCGGCUUAUGGUACCAACCAGGUGCAGUAUGAUCUGGUAGCCCAGCUGCUAGACAAGGAACAGGCAGAACGAACACGUCGGCUGGCCAAGAAAGUCCAGGAGUAUCGGGAGCAGAAGCAGCAGCUCAAGAACAGGUGUGAAUUUGAGCUUUGGGAUCCACACCAACUCCAGAAUGAAUUUCCAGCCCAUCUCAGUGACAUUGGUCCCCACUGUGGCCCAGCCAGCCUGCAAUGGUUCUCUGGGGAGGACCUGUACAGGGCCACGUGCCUGAGAAUGCAGCAGGAACAGUUCAGGUACAGCCUGGAGAGGCAGCUGCAGGAGCAACAGCAAGCCAAGGCUGACGAGAAGUGUGCAGAUAUGCUCAGUGACCAGCUUCGCCUAGCCAUGGACAUGCGGGCCACCCAGCUGGCCAAGCUGGAGGAGUCCUGUCGCGUGGCCAUGAUGUCCGCCAUGGCCAACGCCAACAAAGCCCAGGCAGCUGAGCUGGCUGAGCGGCAGCACUGUGAGCAUCAGUGCGAACAGGAGGCCAACCUCAUGGAGAUCCAGAACCAGAUCACAAGAGACCUGCUGACUGAGAAUCCCCAGGUCGCCCAACACCCUAUGGCUCCCCACUGGGUCCUGCCCUAUUGCUGGAAAGGUAUGAUUCCAGAGCAGCAACCUGCCAUCAGGAGAGUCCAAGAGGCACAACACUCUGAAAAGGAGGCACAGCGCCAGGCUGAACAAGCACUGGAUGCUGAAUGGGAAAGCCAGGCCAUGCGCUCAGCCCAGGCAGCAAUGGAGCUAGAAGAGCAGGAGAGGGAACUGUGUGCUGAAUUUCGGAGGGGGCUGGGUUCCUUCAACCAGCAGCUGGCUAAGGAGCAAAAUGCCCAGCAGAAUUAUCUGAAUUCAAUAAUCUACACCAAUCAACCUACAGCCCAAUAUCACCUACAGUUCAACACCAGCAGCCGCUGAGCUCAGGAUGGUCAUCUCUCCCUUCUCCCUCAUCAAGCUCACAGAGGCCAGGAGUAAGAGAGGAAAAUGCUGCAGACCCCCUUCCCCAAUCCAUUCCCCAGAAGGAGAGAGCUGAGCCAAUAUCCCCACCUUCGACCCUAGGUAAUAAAGUUAUUCACUAGAAUCAAGGCCAUGUGUUAUAA